CCAGCAUGGAUGCCGUUUCUUCCCUGAAAGGAAAAUAGGCAGCCUUGCCACAGGCCAUGGCUUUCCCUUCGCUGUGAUCCCUGGGGUAGGACGCGAUGUAUCCAGAUGACAGCGCCUGACAGCUAUAAAGUGCAAGAUAAGAAAACUGCCCCCAACCGCUCCUCCUCUACAGUUUCAGGACAAAAUAGCAACCACUCAGGACACAAACCAGACCCUCCGCCUGUACUUCGGGUUGAUGACCGGCAGCGGCUGGCCCGGGAGCGCCGUGAGGAGCGGGAGAAACAGCUAGCUGCCCGAGAAAUCAUCUGGCUAGAGCGAGAGGAGCGAGCCCGGCAGCACUAUGCAAAGCACCUGGAGGAGCGGAAGAGGAAGCUGGAGGAGCAGCGGCUGAAGGAGGAGCAGAGGAGGGCGGCCGUGGAAGAGAAACGAAGGCAGCGGCUGGAGGAGGACAAGGAGCGCCAUGAAGCUGUUGUGCGUCGGACGAUGGAGAGGAGCCAGAAACCAAGGCAGAAGCACAACCGGUGGUCAUGGGGUGGCCCUCUGCACGGGAGCCCUGGUAUCCACACGGCAGAUCCAGACAGGCGGUCAGUUUCCACCAUGAACCUCUCCAAACAUGUCGAUCCUGUCAUUAGCAAGCGGCUCUCGUCCUCCUCUGCAACUUUGCUAAACUCUCCAGAUAGAGCUCGACGCCUGCAGCUCAGCCCGUGGGAGAGCAGCGUUGUUAACAGACUGCUGACGCCCACACAUUCAUUCCUGGCCAGAAGUAAAAGCACAGCUGCCUUGUCUGGAGACACAGCAUCUUGCAGCCCCACCAUCAUGCCCUACAAAGCCGCACACUCUAGAAACGCAGCGGAGCGACCAAAACUCUUUGUCACACCACCCGAGGGCUCUGCGCGCAGGAGGACCGUGCACGGCACAGCGGGUCAUAAAAGAGAGAAAGAAAACGUACUCUUCCACCUUACCUCUGGCACCCGGAGGGCUCUGUCUCCAUCUAAUCCCAAAACAAGAUCACCAGGCCCCGCCCGCCUUUGGCUCCCAUCCAAGUCCUUUCCUCACUUGCCUGGCACACCCCGACCGGCAUCCUCCUUGCCUCCCAGCUCAGUCAAAGCUGCACCUGCUCAGGCCCGGCCCCCAUCCCCAGGCAAUAUCCGCCCUGUCAAGAGAGAAGUCAGAGUGGAACCUGAGAAAAAGGACCCUGAGAAGGAACCACAGAAAGUUGCCAACGAACCCUCAGUAAAAGGCAGAACACCUUUAGUGAAGGUAGAGGAGGCCCCAGUUGAAGAGGGGACACCUGUGGAACCAGAAGCUGGUCCUGCUGCUCCAUCCACGGCCCCAGCCUCAGCCCCUACCCCAGCCUCAGCCCCAGCUCCAUUCUCAGCCCCAGCUCCAGCUCCAGCUCCAGCUCCAGCUCCAGCCCCAGCUCCAGUCCUAGCUCCAGCCCUAGCCCCAGCUCCAUCAUCCACUAUGACGUCCAGUGCUGCCCCUAAACCCUCUGCAGGCACCACCGACCCAGAAGAGGCCACAAGGCUGCUGGCUGAGAAGAGGCGGCUGGCCCGAGAGCAGAGAGACAAGGAGGAAAGGGAGAGGAGGGAGAAGGAAGAGCUGGAAAGACAAAAGAGAGAGGAGCUAGCCCAGAGGGUGGCUGAAGAGCGGAGUCGCAGGGAGGAGGAGGCCCGGCGGCUGGAGGCCGAGCAGGCGCAGGAGAGGGCUCAGGCACGGAGGCUGGCGGAGCAGGAGCGUGGGCGGCGCGAGCGCGAGGAGGCGGAGCGCGCCCAGAGACAGAAAGAAGAAGAAGCUCGAGUCCGGGAAGAAGCGGAGCGUGCCCGGCAGGAGCGGGAGAAACACUUCCAGAAGGAGGAGCAGGAGCGCCUGGAGAGAAAGAAGCGACUUGAGGAGAUCAUGAAAAGAACCAGGAAGACAGAAGCUACAGAGAAGAAAACCGCUGAUCAGAGCAAUGGUGACAUAGCCAAAGAAGCUCUCACUGGAGGAACAGAGGUAUCCACACUUCCGUGUGUGACAACCUCCCCUGGAAAUGGAGACUCAGAAGCCAGCCCACAUGUUGUCACUUCACACCAAUCAAAAGUGACCAUGGCAAGUACUCCCAAUUUAGAAGAACAACCAAAUGAAAAUGGAGUGUCUGUUCAGAAUGAAACUUUUGAAGAAAUUAUAAACUUACCCAUUGGCUCCAGACCAUCCAGAUUAGAUGUCACCAACAGUGAGAAUACAGAAAUUCCUUUGAAUCCAAUUUUGGCCUUUGAUGAUGAAGGAACACUUGGGCCCCUUCCUCAGGUAGAUGGUGUGCAAACUCAACAGACUGCUGAAGUUGUAUGAGCAUUUCUUCUGAAGAACCAAAGCAAAAAUUUAAUAAGAGUUUCUCUAAGUAAUGGAAUUCCCUUCGUGCUGCAAAGGAGCACCCCCAUCUCCAGUUUUCUAAAGAUUUCUUGACCGUCAUUUUGAAAAGACUUAUUAAAUCCAGCUAAAGACAACAGACUGGAUGGCAUUUCUAAUAAUUCUCACCAAUAGAAAGAAAUACUCCUUAUUCUUCAAUACUUUAAAGUGGCUUUUUCCAGUGUGCUCCUUCUUAGCAAAGCAAUAUUUUUCUUUAUUCUUUCAAAGACAAGAGCAUUUAAAAGAAACAGGCUGGCUAGGCAUGAUUUUUCACAUGGAUAUUUUGGUCUUAAAACCUGAACGUCUAAAAUUGGCAAAACAAAAAAAAAUUCUUUUACUUUAAUACUUGAAACAUAAGUACCUCUUCGUGCUACAAGUAGAGCAAAUGGGGAGGUGUUUAAAUUAAACCUGGUUGUUUAAAUAUUAUUGCAAAGAGCUCUAUUUGUAGAGACAAAUUAUAGGCAGAUCACCAGGUUCCUGUAAAUGCAAUUUGUACAUGGAC